AUGCUACCUUACCUCUUCCCCGACCUUGCUGCCUUUCCCACAGACUCUGACCUCAUUACGCACCUCCGCACUAGUGACACUCGCUACCGUGCUGUGCUUCUGCUGAGUUCUGCGCCAAGAACCCCCCCCCCCAUGUACAUCACCCUCUACUACAUAGUCACUCGGCUCCCUGACUCUCUUCACGUAGUCAGGGACCAUUUCCUCUCAGUUUGCCCCACCAAUCUCACCGUUGACCUCCUCGAGAAGGCCCUCCUAGCGGCAGAGAAGAGCAUAGUGAAUAUAGGAGCCUCUCGUGGUGACCCUCGCACCCCCGUCAUUGAGGGUCGGUCGGCGCUGCGUCUGCCCCGAGUGGGAGACGCCGCACCAGCAAGGGCAAGGGGGGCAAGGGUACUGGAGGGGCUCGAGGGGGCGGUGAAGGUGGUGGUGGAGGCAGUGGAGGGAGUGGAGUUGGUGGUGGGAGUGGUGCCGGGGAUGGCGGCGGCGGCGGCAGCAGUGGAGGCGGCGGAGGCGGUGGAGGUGGCGGAGGGAGCGGAGGCGGCGGAGGUGGCGGAGGAGGCGGAGGUGGAGGAGGCGGCGGAGGCGGCGGCGGCAGCGGCGGUGGUGGAGCGGGUCGCGACUCUGCGUAGAGGAGUGGCUCAGCGCGGUGGGGGUUUUGGUCCGUACACUUACGUCCUCCGUACCGGCGACCGAGCUCGUGAGCAGUGCGGAGGCCCGCACUCCACCGAGCGCUGCUUCGGUCGCCUGACGGACGCGUGGCGUCGCCAGUUCUGUGAGGCAUCAGAGAUCCCUCGCUGGGGAGAUCUGUCAAAGGCGAGGGUUGCUAUCUUUGAUCCUUUUUUUUAUGCUUAUCUUGCUGCCAUGUAUGCUGUUGAUACUAAUGUUGCGGGUGACUGUUACUUGUGUGUACCGCCUGACCUGGGCAUUGAGGCCGCUGCUCUAGGUGCUGGUGAGGCUGCUGCUCUAGGUGCUAGUGCGUCUGCUACCCCAGGUGCUAGUGCGUCUGCUGCCCCAGGUGCUGGUGAGUCUGCUCUCUCAGGUACUUCGUCGGCUCAGGCCUCACACACCUUCACCCUUAACUUGGGUGCGUCCUGCUCCUUCUUUCGAGACCACACCACUCUUACGCCGCUCAGUAGGCCAGUUGCAGUCUCCCUGGCGGACCCCUCUGGGGGUCCUGUCCUUGCUAGCUUCUCCACUGUCUUACCGUGCCCGGCAGCCCCCUCUGGCACCCUGUCAGGUCUCUACCUCCCCUCGUUCUCUACAAACUUGGUGAGUGGAGCGGACCUACAGGAUAGAGGGGUUGACCAGUUCACUCCUGCGAGUCCGCGAGUGACCCACUGCACGUGUGCUCGGACAGGCCGACACUUGGCCACGUUCACCCGUCGGCCAGGGUCGAGCCUGUACACCCUUACUACUGAGUCUCCUCCGGUUGCUGAGUCUGCCCAGGUAGCUGCGUCGAGUCAGUUGUUUGCUGCAGCGUCCAGGUCUGCCCGCGUCAGUGGGCAAGGGCGAGAGCGGUACUUUCUGCUGGUGGUUGACGACUACUCGCGUUACACCACAGUCUUCCCCUUGCGCAGCAAGGGUGAUGUCGCUGAGGUGUUGAUCGACUGGAUAUGCGCAGCUCGUCUCCAAGUCAGAGAGAGUUUCGGCUCGGACUUUCCUGUUCUGUGUCUGCACUCGUACAAAGGCGGGGAGUUUUCCUCUGCCAGUCUGGGAGCUUUUUGUCGUGCACAGGGCAUCCGCCAGACCUUCACGCUUCCGGCCUCUCCACAGCAAACUAGGAUUGCUGAGCAUCGCAUUGGCAUAGUCAUGGACGUCGCUCGUACGUCCAUGAUGCAUGCGGCUGCCCCACAUUUUCUAUGGCUGUUUGCGGUUCAGUACGCCGCGCAUCAGCUCAACCUUCAGCCCCGGGUCUCCUUGCCAAAGACCUCCCCCGCCUUGCGGUGGACCGGGAAGGUUGGCGAUGCGUCUGCGUUUCGGGUCUGGGGAUCUCGGGCGUUUGUCCGCGACUUGUCUGCGGACAAGUUGUUUUCCCUUGCUAUUCCCUGCGUCUUCCUUGGCUUCCCCCCUGAUGCGCCUAAGUGGCGGUUUUACCACCCCACCUCGCGCCGUGUUCUGUCCUCCCAGGACGUCACCUUUGACGAGUCGGUGCCUUGCUACCGUCUCUUCCCCUACCGCACUGCGCCCCUCCCCUCGCCGCCGCUCUUCCUUGUGCCACGUCCUCCCCGGGUAGACCCCCUCCCCCCUCAGGGUCCUGCCCCGCCAGGUGUGUCCCUGGUCGACGCAAUCGAGCCUGUCGAGGUAGCUGUUGACUCUAGUGCUGCUAGAGGUGCUGGGUCUGUGGGUGCCGGCUUGGGGAUGCUGAGCCUGGGGGUGUGGAGCCUUGGGGCGCUGGGUAUGCUCGUGUGCUUCGUCUAG